AUGGAUGAUAAAUACAUUGGACUGGCGUUGGCAAUGAGCUCAUCGCUCGCCAUUGGUACCUCGUUCAUCAUCACCAAAAAGGGUCUUAUGAAUACCUCAAGCAGACAGGGGUCUGAUUCAGUUGAAGGAUUCGCGUAUUUGAAGAACCCAAUCUGGUGGGCUGGUAUAAUAACGAUGGCAGUUGGAGAAAUCGCCAAUUUCGCUGCAUACACUUUUGCCCCUGCAAUUUUGGUCACUCCUCUGGGCGCUUUAUCCGUGAUUAUUGGUGCCGUUUUGGCCGCCAUUUUCUUGAAGGAGGAGCUAGGCACUCUGGGAAAAAUGGGCUGUGCUAUCUGUUUGCUUGGUUCAGUGAUCAUCGUGUUACAUGCUCCACCAGAUAAGGAUAUUGACACUGUUGAUGAGAUUUUGAACUACGCCGAACAGCCAGGAUUUCUGUUCUACGUGUUUGCAGUUGCAAUCUACUCGAUCUUCAUGAUUCACAAGAUUGUACCAAAAUACGGCUCCAAGAACCCCAUGAUCUACAUCUCCAUCUGUUCUACGGUGGGGUCUGUAUCGGUCAUGUCGAUCAAGGCAUUUGGCAUUGCGUUGAAGCUGACUCUGAGUGGAAACAACCAGUUCACCCACCCUUCCACAUACAUAUUCCUGAUCGUGGUGGCCAUCUGUAUCGCGACUCAGAUGACGUACUUUAACAAGGCGUUAGACCAAUUCGACACUUCUAUCGUCAAUCCACUCUACUACGUCACGUUCACCACUGCGACGUUGUGUGCUUCUUUCAUCCUCUUCAGAGGUUUCAACACCACCUCUUCUGUGAACAUCAUAUCGCUGGUUUGUGGCUUUUUGAUCAUUUUCAGUGGAGUAUACUUGUUGAACAUCUCCAGAAAGACCCCAGACCCAGAGACCAUGUUUGCCAAAUCCAAGGGUGGCUUCGAGAACGUCCCCAUGGAUAAUGGUGUUGGUGGUGGUGUGCAGUUCAGAAGAUCAAUGCAGGCUUCUAGGGCCCCAGGUGGGUAUCAGUAUGGUGAGCUUGACGAGGAAGCAAUACAGCUCAGGCGAACUGACAGUUUUGACUUGAGUGAUUAA